GCCACCAGUUCUGCCUUCGCUGCCGUUCGCAGGGACGGAUCCGUGGUGACCUGGGGUUUGCCUGAACGGGGUGGCGAUAGCAGUACUGUCCAGAAACGCUUGCGGAAUGUGCUGCACAUCCAGUCGACUCAGUGUGCCUUUGCUGCCAUUUUGGAUGAUUCCUCAGUUGUUACCUGGGGCAGCAGCAAUGGUGGUGGCGACAGUUCUGCAGUAGAUGCACAGCUGAGGGAUGUGCACAGCAUUCAAUCGACACAGAGCGCUUUUGCCGCAAUCCUGCGAAACGGCUCCGUCGUGACGUGGGGCCGCCAGGAAGCCGGGGGCGACAGUUCUGCAGUCCAGCACCGGCUCAAGAAGGUGAAGGAUGUCCAGUCCACGUUGCAUGCCUUCGCCGCUAUUUCCGAGGAUGGGUCUGUCACAACCUGGGGUCACGCCAACCAUGGCGCCGACAGUUCUGCCAUAGAGGGCCGCCUCAACAACGUGCAUCAAAUCCAGGCUAGCAGUUCUGCUUUUGCCGCCUUGCUCAUCGAUGGAUCUAUGGUGACCUGGGGUGACGCACGCGCAGGCGGCGACAGCUCUUCAGUGCAAAGCAAGCUUCGCUCCGUUCUGCAGGUGCAGGCGACACAGACUUCGUUUGCUGCUCUGCUAUAUGACGGAUCUGUGGUGACUUGGGGGCAGCAGCGACAUGGAGGAGACAGCAGCACUGUACAAGACGAGCUGAGGAAUGUACAGCAGAUCCAGGCAACUACUGCUGCAUUUGCUGCUUUGCUGGGCGACGGCUCUGUCGUGACAUGGGGGAGCCCGGGUGCUGGUGGUGAUAGCAGUUCCAGGCGACCUUUGCUACAAGGCGUGACUCAGAUCCAGGCUUCGUCGACGGCGUUUGCAGCGCUCCGCAGGGAUGGUCGGGUUGUAACUUGGGGAGGUUUGGGCUACUUCAGCCAGGAUUCGCAAAGCGAAACGCCGGCACAGCUCAGGCACGGAUAUUACAUAAACCAAGCUCAGAGUGUGUAA